AUGAGCAACCCACCGUCGGGGACUGUGCUGCAGGUGCAGUGCGGGUCCUGCUUGAAGAUAGUCAAUGUGCCGGCCAACUUCCUGGACCAGCUGCUGAUGUUCAAGAUGUACAACUGCCCGCACUGCAAGUCUCGGCAGUCCAUCAACCUGGCUCCGCAGCAGGAGACGACGCUGCGGUUCCAGGCGCGGCAGAUGAUGCAGGCGGAGGAGGCGGCGCGGCAGCAGCAGCAGCAGCGGGCAGCCGCCACGCAGCUGGCAGCCAUACAGCUGGCGGCGGCGGCGGCCUCGGCCCAAGCCGCGCCCCAGGCGGGAGGAGCAGCGCAGCUGCUGCGCUGCAGGCUGCGCCCCGCGCUGCCGCACUCGGCUUCUGGGUCGGGCCUGACGCAAAUGCAGCAGCUGCUGCAGCAGCACCACCAGAAGCAGGACGCGCAGCCGGCGGCGGCAGCAGCAGCAGCUGUGCUGCAGCAGCAGCAGCUGGAGCUGCUGAGGCAGAUACAGGAGAAGCACGCCAAGGCCAUGUCGUCGAUGGCUGCUGGCGGAGCGGGGGCGGGGCAGAUGGGCCACUUCCUGCCGCUCACGAACGAGCCCAGCCCCGAGGAGGAGGACGAUGCUGAUGACAGCGAGGUCCGGGACACAUUCAUGGAGUACAAGCCCGCCAAGCUGUCCUUUGGCCGCCCGCACCCCGAUGCGGUGGUGGAGACGGCGAGCCUGGCAGCGGUGGAGCCUCCAGACAUCACCUACCACCUCAAGGCGUACAAGGCGUUGGUCGAUUCGCUGUCGGCGCUGCAGCUGGAGAGCGUGGUGUACGCGUGCCAGCGGCACCUGCAGAUGCUGCCAGAUGGCAGCCGCGGCGGCUUCUUCAUCGGCGACGGCGCGGGCGUGGGCAAGGGGCGCACCAUCGCGGGCCUGAUCCUGGAGAACUGGCAGCAGGGGCGGCACAAGCACCUGUGGCUGUCUGUGGGUUCUGACCUCAAGAUCGACACACAGCGGGACCUGAACGAUGUGGGAGCUGAGCACCUGCCGCUGCAUGCGCUCAACAAGCUGCCGUAUGGCAAGCUGGCGGGGCACAAGAUUGGGGUCAAGGAGGGAGUCAUCUUCCUCACUUACUCCUCUCUCAUCUCCUCCUCAGACCGCGGCCACACCCGGUUCAAGCAGCUGAUCGAGUGGUGCGGCAAGGACUUUGAUGGCCUGAUCGUGUUUGACGAGAGCCACAAGGCCAAGAACCUUGUGCCCGAGGCGGGGCUGCGCGCCACACAGGUCGGCCUCAAGGUGCGGGAGCUGCAGCUGCAGCUUCCCAUGGCCCGCGUCGUCUACUGCUCCGCCACGGGCGCCUCGGAGCCUCGCAACAUGGGCUACAUGGUGCGGCUGGGGCUGUGGGGGGAGGGCAACCCCGCCUUCCGGGACUUCCCGAGGUUCCUGGAUGCGGUACAGGUGCGGGUGCGGCUGCGGGGCAAGGGCGGCUCCGGCGGCGGCAGCAUGGCUGCGCUGGAGCUGGUGGCUAUGGACAUGAAGGCGCAGGGCAUGUAUGUGUGCCGCACGCUCAGCUUCGCGGGCGCGGAGUUUGAGACUGUGGAGGCGCCGCUGGAGGAGCCCAUUGCCAGCCAGUACACCGCGGCGGCAGCCACCUGGAACCAGCUGUUCCGGGAGUUUCUGUACGCCGAAGAGCUGGCGGCGGCGGCGGCCGGGGACGGCGGCGCCGCGCCCUCAGGCACGACGACAGGGGAGGGCGGGCGGCGGCGCGGCGGCGACCACCGCAGCAUGACGUGGCGCAGCUUCUGGGCGGGACACCAGGCCUUCUUCCGCCACAUGACCAUGGCAGCCAAGGUGCCCGCUGUGGUGCGCAUGGCGCAGGCAGCGGUGGCCAACGGCAAGUGCGCCGUCAUCGGGCUGCAGUCAACAGGAGAGGCGCGCACCGCGGAUGUGGUGGCGGACAGGGGAGAGGAGCUCGACGAUUUCGUGUCGGGCCCCAAGGAGCUCCUCAUCCGCCUGGUGGAGAAUUACUACCCGCUGCCGCGAGACCCCAACGCAGAGGAGGAUGAGGCGGACAGCGACAGCGACGAGGACUUUCAGGUGGCUGCGGUGGCAGAGGCGGUGGCACGGAAUGCGCUGGAGGGGCGGGACCAGGUGUACCGCGGGGCCAAGGCGAGGGCUGUGCGGUACAGAGAAUGGUCAGAGUCGGAGGACAUCGGGGACAGCUCCUCGGGGGACGACGAUUCCGGCGGCUCCUCCUCUGCCUCCGAUUCUGGCGUCGAGGGGGAGCAGGAGGGAGAGGAGGAUGGCAGCAUGGAGGUGGUGCUGGAUGGGGAGGACACCGAGACCGCCGGGGGCCGCCGCUCGGGCCAGCCCACCUCUGGCGCCAGCUCAGCAGACGCCAACGGCGGCGUGGGCACCGAGGGGGAGGCCAGCGGCAGCGGCGGCAAGGGCCGGCGGGGCCAGCGGCGGCCCAACGAGCGGGGCAGGCGGCGUGGCGGGAGGAGGGAGGGCGGCAGCGGUGGCAGCGGGGAUGACGACAGCGGCGAGGAGUAUGAUCCCAUCGCCAAGCGCGCCUCUGCCACCUCCUCCAGCAGCAGCGGCAGCAGCGGCAGCGAGGACGAGGCGCUCAACAUGCAGCAGAAGGAGCAGCGGAGGCAGCAGCGGCGCAUGGCGGCCGAGCUGAAGGCGGCGCGGCUCGAGCAGGCGGCGGCGGCAUACCAGGCGGCGCUGAAGCGCAAGGCGGUGGUGAUGGCGGCGGUGCAGCAGCUGGAGCUGCCCAGCAACCCGCUGGACACAUUGAUAGACCAGCUGGGAGGCCCGGCCAAGGUGGCUGAGAUGACGGGUCGCAAGGGGCGCCUUGUGCGCAGCAAGUCCAGCGGCGGCGUGGUGUAUGAGCCGCGCAACGCCUCGGGCGUGUCGGCAGGCGCCACCCUCGAGAUGAUCAACGUGCACGAGCGGGAGCUGUUCCUGGGGGGCCAGAAGCUGAUUGCCAUCAUCUCGGAGGCCGCCUCGGCGGGCAUCUCGCUGCACGCCGACCUGCGCGCCGCCAACCAGCGCCGCCGCGUGCACCUCACCCUGGAGCUGCCCUGGUCUGCCGACAAGGCCAUCCAGCAGUUCGGGCGCACCCACCGCGCCAACCAGGCGCACGGCCCGCAGUACCGCCUCAUCUUCACGCCCCUGGGCGGCGAGCGGCGCUUUGCGGCGGCGGUGGCGCGGCGGCUGGAGAGCCUGGGCGCGCUGACGCAGGGCGACCGCCGCGCGGGCCCCAGCCUGAGCGCCUUCAACUACGAGAGCGUGUGGGGGCAGCGCGCGCUGCGGGAGAUGUACCGCGCCAUCAUGCUGGAGUCGCGGUCCCUGCUGGCACUGCCGCAGCCCUGCCGCCCCGGCCCCUCCGGCGAGGCCCCGCCGCUGUCUCUGGGCGUGUUCCUGGGCAAGGCGCGGGCGCUGCUGCUGAAUGUGGGCAUCAUCCGCCACAACAAGGCGGUGGUCUCGGCCUCCCACAUCAACGAGUACCUGAGCCGCCCCGAUGGCGCGCCGUCCAGCGUGGGGCGUAUCGACGAGAAGGACAUGGCAGAUGUGCCGCGCUUCCUCAACAGGCUGCUGGGCCUGGAGCCUGUGGCCCAGCAGACCAUCUUCGACUUCUACCAGGUCACCCUGGAGGCGCUGAUGGACAAGGCGCGGAGGGAGGGCGCCCUGGACGAGGGCAUUGUUGACAUCAAGGCCCACGGCGUGAGCCUGGUGGGGGAGCCGCGUGUGCUGCACCGCGACGCCACCACGGGCGCCACCACAGUGAUGUACGAGGUGGAGCUGGACCGCGGCCUGCCCUGGCAGGAUGCCGAGCAGAAGCUGGAGGAGCACCGGCAGGCGCUGGCGCUGGCAGAGGCCGGGCUGGCGGCGCCCGGCAGCGGCGCCGCCGUGCCCGCCGUGGUGGCAUCCAUCCCUGCGCCGCCAGAUGCAGGCGAUGGCGAGCAGCAGCAGCAGCAGCAGCAGCAGCUGAAGGAAGAGGAGGAGCAGCAGGAGCAGCAAGAGGGUGUGAGGCAGGAGCAGCAGCAGGAGGAGUUGGAGAGGAGCCAGCAGCCUAGCGGCGGCUCGCUGCCGUCCAAGCAACAGCAACCGGACGAGGAUGAGCAGAAGAGGGAGGCUUCUCCUGGAGGGGCUGGUGCGGCUGUCAAGCAGGAGCCAGAGAAGGGGGAGGCGGCCAAGCCUGAGUCAGCUGCAAUGCGUCGCAAGAAGCGCCAGCGGCGGCCGGGCAAGCAGGAAGCAACAGAGCCUGCGGCAGCGGAGGCUGAGAGGUCUCCGGCCAAGCGCAGGAGAUCAAACGGCACAGCUGCUGGCGAGGAGGCGCCCCCAGCGGCAGCAGCAAAGUCGGCGGCAAAGCAGGAGGAGCAGCAGGCUGAUGCAGACAUGAUUGACCUUACUCUGUCUGACAGCGAGGGCGACGCCAAGGCCACUGGCAAGAAGCAGGGCUCUGACGACGCAGAGGUGGAGGUGGUGGAGGCAGCAGACGCCACCCCCGCGCGAGCGGGCGGCAAGCGGCGUUGGGAGAGCGGCUUCUACCGAGCUCGCCAGGAGGGCAUCAACCGGCAGGUGCACGUGAUGCUGGCGCUGCAAGAGCUCAAGGCACGCUACCAGCCGCUGGAGCCGGCCGCCUGCCGGCCGCUGUGGAACAAGGCGUAUGAGGCGGCGGGCGCGGCGCCCAAGGAGGGCAAGAAGGCGGGUGUGCUGCGCAAGAAGCGGCUGCACAUCCUCGGGGGUGCUGUCAUGCACAGCUGGGGCGUCGUGCAGCAAGCCAUGGUGCGCCAUGUCAAGUCGUCAGAGCGGCGCAUGCGGGUUCUGCGCAUCGCCACCACCGGAGAACACCCGCUGCGCCUGGUGGGCAUGCUGAUCCCGGAUCCGGCGGUGGGGGAGGUGGUGGAGCAGCUGCAGCAGAAGGAGGCCGAGGAGGAGGAGAAGAAGAAGCAGGCUGCAGAGGCUGCAGACGCGCGCGGCAGCGAUGGCAGCGGCGCCAGCGAGGGAGCUGAUGCGGAAGGGAGCAAGGCGGUGGCGGUGGCGGCGCAGGCGGGACCAGGAGGCCGUGCCCGCGGCCGCAGCAAGCGCGCCGUCACUCCAGCCAGCGGCGGGAGAGGGCGCGGUGGAGGGCUCGCCGCUCAGCAGGAGGGUCGCCGCCAGCAGCCUGCGCGCGGCCGCACGCGGCAGCAGCAGGCAGAGGUGGAGGACGAAGAGGAAACGACGGAAGAGGAGGUGCCACAGAGCUCUGGAGGGAACAGCUCAGAUGAUGAGGCGAGCAGCAGCGAGGAAGAGGAAGAGGACAGCUCAGGGGAAGCGUCAUCGGAGCGGACGGAGAGCGCCGACGCAGCGAGCGGCGGCGCCGGCGGCAAGGCAGCGGCGCCAGAGCGGCCACGGCACCAACCGCGGCGGGGCAGGGGCGCGGCCAAGCCGUCGAGAGCUUCCUGA